GAGGGAUGUUCACUGGCUGCCCUGAUUGGCUGCUGGCUCUGUGUGUGUGCAGUGUAGUAAAUGCGGCGCUCGAUGACGCACCCCCUCUUCUCUCCUGUAUCUAGCGGCUGUAUGUAGCGGGACAUUAGGCUAUUCCGUCCCUCCGAGCUGUCACAUAGAACAUGUGCAUUCCCCUAGUCUCUUGAAAUCGUCGUUGUCGUACGUCUAUGUGAUUCCCAAUUGUGCUCAUGAGCCUGCUAGGUGGCUACAAGAAAAAGAGCAGUUACGAUGGCUACGAAUCUUUGCAGCUGGUCGAUAGCAGCGGAGACUUCUGCACCGGGGGACGAAGUGGUGGCGGUGGCGGUGGUUUGACGGCAGUGACCCUCGGCAGCGUUAAAACAGGCCCUGCCCGACAGGACGACUACAGCACCAUGGACAGCUCAGGCCCUCCGUCUCCAGAUAUGGAUGGAAACAUUGGAGGGGGACUUUUGGAUAUGGUUAAAGGAGGUGCUGGAAAGUUCUUCAGCAACAUCAAGGACAACCUGAAAGACACCAUCAAAGACACCUCUACCAAGGUCAUGAACCAAGUGGCCACGUAUACAAAAGGAGAGUUGGACAUUGUCUACAUCACCUCACGUAUUAUUGUGAUGUCAUAUCCUGCUGAGGUGGUGGAUAUGGGCUACAGGAACCACAGCGAGGAUAUCCGUUCUUUUCUGGACUCACGGCAUGCCGACCACUACACUGUUUUCAACCUGUCACAGAGGAACUAUCGGGGGGCCAAGUUUUCCAACAGAGUUUCUGAAUGCAACUGGCCUUCCAGGCAGGCGCCCAGUCUUCACAAUCUAUUUGCCGUGUGUAAGAAUAUGUACAACUGGCUUAAGCAAAACCCCAAGAAUGUGUGUGUGAUCACCUGUUCGGAUGGCAGAGCUCUUUCAGGCGUGCUGGUCUGUGCCAUGUUCUGUUUCUGCCACCUUUUCGCCAACCCGGUGCCAGCCAUGCAGCUUCUCAGCGCCAAGAGGCCUGGAUCUGGCCUGUGGCCCUCCCAUAGGAGGUACAUAAGUUAUGUAUGCAGUUUAGUCUCAGAGAAGCCAACCAUACCACACUCCAAACCGCUAGCCAUUAAAUCCGUCACAAUGAGUCCUGUACCUUGCUUCAACAAACAGCGCAGUGGCUGUCGGCCAUUUUGUGACGUACUUAUUGGCGAGACCAAGAUAUUUUCUACAGCUCAGGAGUACGAGAAAAUGAGGGAACACAGAGUUCAAGAGGGCAAAGUGGUCUUUCCUGUGGGAGUGAGUGCCCAAGGAGACGUGGUGAUUUCAGUCUAUCACAUGCGUUCCCAUGCACUACAGGCCAAGGUAACAAACACCCAGAUAUUCCAGAUUCAGUUCCAUACUGGUUUCAUCGCCCCAGGCACCACUGUCUUAAAGUUUCUGAUGAUGGAGUUGGAUGCAUGUGAUUCUCCAGAAAAAUACCCUCAGCUGUUUCAUGUGUUGUUAGACAUUGAGGUUGAAGGUACAGAGAAACAGAAAGAUCUCACCCCACCGUGGGAGCAGCUCCCCACCAAAGACCUGAACCCAAGUGUGCUUUUCUCCUGUCAUCAGGAACACCAGGAUGCACUUGCUAUUGCAGAUCCCGCACAGGGCCAUGGGAGUUGUGGAGGCAGAGUGGGCCCUAAUGAGGAGAGCGAACCAUCAGAUGAUGAAAUGCUCUCCCUUUCUAGUCAGCAGAGUAACACGAGCAAUGAGAAAUCAAAAGCAGCUAAGAAACUAGAGCCCCAUCCUGCAGCGUCCCCUCCUCCAGCAGCUGAGGAAGUAGAUCUGCUGGGACUGGAUGGUGAUGCAGCUACGGUUCCUCCGUCCUCCCCACAACCUCCGACCACCAGCUCCACCACAGACCUUCUGGGGGACCUGUUUGGAGCUCCCCCCACACCACAGCCAGCCAGCGGCCCCACUUCUGCGCAGUCCACCCCGCGGAGAUCAGCAGCCUCCUCCUCACCUGGUCCAUCACCUCGAUCUGGAGACACUUUCGACCUGUUUGGGUCUGGGCCUGCUCCCGCCCCUAAGCCGCAGGACUUCAUGGGGGCUUUCCUGGGUCCAGGUAAUAUGGGGCAGCCAGACCCCUUCCUGCAUGCUGCACGAUCUCCGUCUCCUACAAAGCAGAACAUGGGCAUGGGUCGUAGUUCACCUGUGCCGCCCACUACUCCCACUGUCAACAUUCAGCUACAGGGCUCUACAGGAGCAUGGGAAUGGAACAAACCAGCACCUGGAGUCAUACCAGGCGGAGGUUUUUCGAUGGGAAGUAAGUCUGCCAGCACUAGCCCAACCAGCUCAGUUCAUGGUACUCCCACUCACCAGGCCAAACCCAACACUUUGGACCCUUUUGCUGAUCUGGGUAACCUAGGAGCUGGUCUAGGAGGAGGUGGUUCAGGAUUCUCUAGCAAGCCAACCACACCUACUGGUGCAGGAGGAGCAUUUCCGCCCAUGGGCUCCCCCCAGCAUCCCCCCCCCUCUCCCCAGCACACUGCCUCUGGAGGCUGGCAUCCCAGCACGGGCUUCCCCUCAUGGCAGCCUGGAGGGGGGGCUCAAUGGCAGACGCAGCCCCAGGGUGCACAGCACCAGACACCAUCUAAAGCACCGGGACCCUCCAUGCCUCACUCUUCACCACAGAACAGACCCAACUACAACGUCAGCUUCUCCAGCAUGGGUGGAGCUUCGCCAGGAACCACUGGGGCAAAAGCACAGCCGAAUAUGGGAACCAGACCAAAGGUUUCAAACGCUAACUUUGAUGACCUACUCUCAGGCCAGGGCUUUGCUGGCACUAAGGAGAAAAAAGGGCCAAAAACCAUAGCAGAAAUGAGAAAAGAGGAGAUGGCAAAAGAAAUGGACCCAGAGAAAAUCAAGAUCCUGGACUGGAUUGAGGGGAAGGAGAGGAACAUCAGAGCGUUGCUGUCCACCAUGCACACGGUGCUUUGGGAAGGGGAGACGCGCUGGAAACCUGUAGGCAUGGCUGACCUUGUCACACCAGAGCAAGUGAAGAAGGUCUACCGCAAAGCUGUGCUGGUAGUGCACCCUGACAAGGCUACAGGACAGCCCUACGAACAAUAUGCCAAGAUGAUUUUUAUGGAACUAAAUGACGCCUGGUCAGAAUUUGAUAGCCAAGGACAGAAAGCACUGUACUAAGACUUACUGUAUAUGAUCACAACCAGUCAGCAGUUCCUGCCCCGAUUAGACACCCUGCAGCCCACCAGUUCUUAAGAAGCUCCUUUGUUAUCUCUCCCACCUCCAGGACCCUGCUUCGUCAGAGCUUACAUCUACAGUAUAGUUGUGUGUAUCUCUCUAUCGAUCCAUGUGUCAGGUCCCAUCAUGCACUAGACCAACAUAACUGCUGUUGGAAAAAGUAGCAUUUCCGCUUUGAUUUAGAAACUCGCCAACAUAACAGAGAUCAGACUUUGUCGUUAAACGGCUGUGAAAUGUUUCUGUGAACAUUAGCAGUCAACCAGGUCAUCAACGAAUUUAUUCAGGAGCUUUCAGGUGAGUUUUGACUUAAAUGAAACGGGUUUAGUGCUGAAAAAACAUCUACAACGAAUGAAAUUUUUUUUUAGAAACUCCGGAAUUCUGCAAGACAAACCUCACACUGCUUUGGCUUGCAGAACUUUAUUAAAUAACUUUGUCAAAAACCUUUGUCGGCUGUUAUUUAAUAAAGUUUUGCAUGCUACAGCAGUAUUCAGGACCUUAUCGAUUUCUUCCAUUGUGUCCAGCGCACCUGCUCACGAACACUUAUCUGUUGGCUUUGCAAGACAACUAUGAAAUGUGUGGAAAUAAAAGAGGAUCUGGGUACAUUGAGCUACGACUGGUUGUAGUUCAGUCAGGGGCUAGAGCUUAAAAAAAGAGCACUCCAGCUAAAAUUAAUAAAACUUAUUUCAGAAGCUAAAUGACGUGGUACUGGGGGGCAGAAGCACAAUAAGUAUAAGAGACUGCAGAGGAAAUGGAAGGUUUUUACAAACAUGAUCUGUGAAAUGCAGCUGAUUUAACUAGCAGUUUAUUCUUAUGUUGUUUUCUACUGAAUAUUGAUCUGUUUUUAUAUGUUGCACUAUAAUAACAUACUGUUUACAACACAAGUCAAAGGAAAUUGUUUAUUCAUCUAGUUAUUCUAUAGAAAAAGUAGUCUUGCAGGUACCUCAAAGUGACAUGGCUUAUUCAGAGCUGAAAGUUUACGGUUAUGUUCACUUAAUGUCUUUAACUGGUUAAUGGUGCCCUAAAGAACUAGUUAAACUUCUUAGGGGCCAGUUUUUGCUUUGAAAAACAUUUCGUGUGCGCGAAGCUGCAAAAAAACGAGAACGUAGCGCAUUAAAAAGUAGCGCAUUGGAAUGGAAAAACAGGCUUUGGGUGAACGGCCCCUUAGUACAUUUUUUUUAAUUACUAAACGGUUAUCAGGAAAUUUAAAAGGAACAUUUUGCUUAGCAUACAAUUCAACUGCGUCCAUGCUUGCAACUGAAACAUCUUUUGACUGAGGAAUGUGAUGGAUGGAUAGUGUUCAAAACCUGUUGUUUUAUUACCAUAGGUGUCUUUUAAACCGACUGAACAUAUCAUUCAGAGUGGACCGUUAAUGUUUUGACAUGAAAUCAUGAAGGCCAUUAUGCAAAACAUAAGUGGAUAUGUCUUUAAAAUCCAGUAUCGGUAUCCGUAUCCUCAUAAUGUACUGCAUGUUUGACUGUAAGUGGCACGUGGUCCAAAGGAAGAUUCUAGAGUCUACAGCCACUAAAAUCUGCCCUUUCUCUUCUCAGUAUAUUUGCACUUGAAUGGCAUUAUUUAAAUCCAGAACACACUUGUGUCGUAACUUGCAGUACUUGCUUGUUCAUGCUCUGCCUUCCUCUUUUCGCAAUCAUGCAGUGAAAUACUGAAGCUUUAACUGUAUCAAAACGGUUUUCUCUAUCUCAUACGUUUUGCUGUUACCUAUGGACAAAGACAAAAGAUUAGCGAGAACUGAGCAAAAGAAAGGAUCCCUGUAUCUAGGAUGCAACUUUUCCACCCCCGUCUUGUGGACUGAGCCGUUUAUCUUCGAUCUUAGGAUGUCAUAAUGUUGGAAGCUAACCUCUGCGUACAGUAGUGAGUGUGUGGUGUUCAGUAAUGCUGUUCUCUGUAAGGAAGAGAUACGUUUGUGAUACAGCUCUGUGUUUGUUUGCUGUAUCAGUAUAAAUGUGACAUGAAUUUGUUUUCUGUGUCCUUUUUUCUGUUCCUUUUCUCCAUAUGGAGCUGUACAUACAAUGAUGUGCAUUGCACAAAUAAAUGGGAAACAUAAA